AUGCACAAACAAAGAGAGCGGGUGAUAUCCCAUGACCAAUUCUCUGCCAAUCCUCCACUGCCCGUCGCCGUGCCGGAUCUGGAAGCCCCCAUUGCUAACUUGAAUACGCGCUCCAGGCCACCUACUACACCUCCUGAGUUCCACGGGCUGUUGGCGAUGGACAUAGCAGAGGAAGAUGUCAACCCGAUCAUCGUAGAUAAUCCAACUCCACCAACGAGCAUCCCCAAAAUGAGCGUGAGUAUAGAUGUCGCGAGCAAGGAGCAAUCGGGACCAUCUAGUGCAUCUCGUCCAAACGAUCGGUCUUUCCGACCGGGUCCGUAUGACCCGACGAAAAACCAGACUCCAUCCAAAGGUGCAACCCUUGUCUUCAGGCGCUCCUCUCUAGACAGGUGCAUUCCAAAACCGUUGGUGCCAGACCAAGGGAGCUUUUCACAGUACCCAGAGUUUGCUAAGAGACGCCGCCACACCCUGCAUGGAACCACCAGAUACAAUUGCAACGAGUGUCGAGUGGGCUUUCGACGCAAGGCGGACUGGAUACGCCACAUGGAGAACGCAAAGGCGCACAGAAAUCCCGCAUUCCUGUGCAACAGAUGCAAACGGCGCUACAGCAGAGAAGAUGCGCUCGCUCGGCACGUUCGGGUGGUGUGUCGGUCAUGA